AUGUCGAACUUCAUCACUAACUACCACUGGAGGCAAGUGCUAGCAUUUUACUUGCUGUCGACCAAGGACCUUUCCAGAUGGGCCAAAGAUUGGUUCGAUGAAAAGUUACUAAGCAUUGGAGAGCUAGACGGGUUGAAGGUCGAGAGCAUUUCGACAUUUGAGGGAGAUUGCGAACUAGGGAUGCGAAAGGCCAAGUUGAUCACUAUUUACGAUUUGAGAAUCACUGUUCGUUGGUCGGGCCAGGGCUCCAGUGGCACUCUCACCAUCCCUGAAAUCUCUCAUGACAUGGUCGAGUCCGACUACGUUUUUGACGGUGCCUUGGAUUCCGGUGGCAAGACCGAAGUCGAAAGUCAGGCCAAGAAAAGUCUAGGCCCAGCGAUGUGCAAGAUAUUCCAGGCUUUCCCCAAGGCAAUCAUUGAUGCACAUGGUGCUGGUUUCUACAAGGAAAAUGGGAUGUCUCCAUCCGAAACCCCCGGAGGCUCAGGGACAUCAACCCCUCAACCGACUGCCGGGAACCUACAAACCAAAUCGGCCCCCACAGCCGCCCCAGUACCGGUAGAUGAUCCAUCGACCAAGACGAGCAAGGGAGAUGUGGUUAAUACCUCUAGUGUCCGCAUAGAUGGACAGUUCAUGUGCAGUGCAUCUGAUCUAUUUGACUUCUUGACUGACGAAAGUAAGAUACCCAUGUGGAGCCGUAAUCCCGCGAAGAUGAAACCCGAAGUGGGUGCAGAGAUGUCUUUGUUUGGUGGAAAUGUGACGGGUAAGGUUGUCAGCGUUGAGCGACCUAAAGAAUUUGUAACUACUUGGCGAGCUCCUACUUGGCCAUCAGGCCACUUUGGCAAAUUGAAGACCUCCCUCGCCGAAGGCUCUGACUCGACCAAGCUUGAACUUCAUUUAACCGGUGUCCCAGUGGGUACGGAGGAAGAAACAGAACGAAACUUAGAUAUAUUUUAUCUUCGCUCACUGAAACAAAUUGGGUUAGCAACUGCUUCUACAUUUUCAGCCCAUUCUUCUCUAAACCCCUCCCGACAACGUCGACGAUCACCCUCCCCGCCCGAUUUCCCCACGCCGAUCAUCCCGCCCUCCAGAUGGUCCUUACUGCUUACCUCGGCUAUCCCCAUGAGUCUCUCAAUCGGGCUCAUUCUCGCCCUGGGAGUGGCUAUCUGGAAAGGCCCGACCGGAGAUUCCUGGCGAAAUUCAGAUAAAUAA